AUGUCUGAACCGGGAGAGGAACGGUACAGUCUGAGGAAAAGAGCCAAAGUUAUUUACGUCGAUCAGUUUCCUACGACUUCGGAAGUUGACGUAGCCGUUCAAGUAGUUCAAUCUCUGAACAAAGUAGGCCGAGGAGAUCUAGAUUAUCAAUCCGAAAGUGAUGAAGAUAGAAGGAGAACUCGGAGAUCAGGGGUAAAGCGCGAUGUAAGUGUUUCUUACUUUGUAUAUCUUCAAAGUCAGAUCUCAGUCUGAUUUUUUCUGUUUUAGAAGGUCGCUGUUAGAUCGAAUGGAGGUAAACGGACCCCGCAGCAACUUCGGGGGCAGGAGAUGAGGUUUAAUAAAAGAUUUUUGUCGAAUUCACCAGUCAAAAAGAGAGUUCAUAAAGGUCAAUCUGAUUACGAUGUGGAUGUGGACUUUCUAGAUUCAGCAGAAGAGGAUCGUGUUAGUUUAAUUCUUUUAGGCCACACAUUUUUUUAUCUGAUUACUUUAGGACGAUAAUGAGUACGUGGAAGUUAUUGUGGACAACCGAGAGGUUUACGAAAACAGUUUUGAUGCUCCUUACAACAAUUCUUACGUGGUGGAAUGCGUGAGGAAAGAGCUGAGAGGAAUAUUUGAGUAUGAAGUGCAAGGAGCUGAAUACGAAGACCCAAAAGAUUUGAAGAAAGUAGGUCGUUUUUAUACUUGUUGUUUGAUUUUUAGAUGUAUGUCUCUUUCUACGUCUUGAAAGAUUUCAAAUCGGCAAUUUUACGGCGUUAUCAAGACAACGGAUGUCCAGGGAAAGCCCUAAUUGGAUUAGACAAAGGAGAUGAUAAAGAUGGAAGUGUUCUCUUAACGUUGGCAUUUGUAAAUGAAGGUGAAAAGAUCAGCGAAGGGAAGUUCCUUGUGUUGGCUGGAUGGCGGCAUAAGGAUGACUACGAAGUUCUGUUUCACAUUCUCAAUCCAAUUUGGCGGAUUAUCCAGAAGUUCGGCUUAAAUCUGACCAUUUUCUGGAAGUUUGCAUACAUCUCCAAGAAUUAUGGUUUACGAUCGGGAUUUCAAUGCGUUUUUUGCAAAUACCAUGAGUUGCAAAGUAAUAAAAACGAAAAGGGAGCAAAGAAAUUGUUGGAAAAUAGCAAUGUGAUAUUAAAUCUUCCCUUGGAUAAGGUGAGUUGUGACAUUCUUGAUGAAUUGCCAUGUUUAGGUGUAUGUCCGAAUAUUCGAGCAGAAAAUAGAGGUGGUUAACAAGUUAAUUCGACUGAUGGAGAAGUUCUUAUUGGAGGAUGAGAACACGGAGAAGUUUUAUAAGAUUCUUAACAAGAAGAAACUUUACAUGGCCAGGUCGAAGCUGAAGUACAAGUUCAGAAAACACCAUUCGUUGCAAGCUGCAGAAGUCUUGGAUUUGGCGGAAAGAUUAGAGAGCGGUAAGUGCUUCCCAUCAUUUAUUUUUAGGGUUUGUCUCAUCCUACGUCCUGAAAGAUUUCAAAUCGGCAAUUUUAUGGCGUUAAAGAUGAAGCUGCGAGGUUUCUUGCUCGAUCAUUGCGAGUGCAUUUCUCUUUUUAGAUAGUAUACUGUUCUUUAUUGGUCUGUUUCAGAAGUCCGAUCGGAUAUUCCGGAAGUCGGCUCGAUCGCUCAGAUGUUGGUGCUGUUCAAAUCCUUAAUGAAUCCAUCCAAAUUUUCUGUCGGAGCAACGGAGAACAUCCACAAAAACCUGCACACUUCCUCAAACCCUUGCAAGUCCUGCGAAAAGAUGGUUGAUUACAUUGAUGAAUUUGGUCGGAACGAGAUGGAUGGAUACAUUCAUAUGCUGUGUCAUCAUGCCAAUGAACUCCGACGGAUCGAUUCAACACUAUCAGUGAACUACGAGAUAGUCAUGGAGAAGAUUCAGAAAGAUUUUUGUGCCGCAAAGACCAAGCAAUGUUGUCGUGACGAGACCAAGAAGGAUUCGAUGGCUGCGAGAUAUCUCGCUGUUCAAACAUUCCUUCCCGAUCAGACAAAGCAUUUUGAAGAGAUCCAUGGGCAGAUUCAAGAGAAUGGGGGAAGGUCAAUCCCCUCGAAAGACCAAGGGAGGCAUGUAGAAAUAGUUGAGGAUGAAGAUGUCGAAGUGGAUGAUGUGUAA